CCACAGCAGCGCCGACGGGGAGGGCGGCAAUGCAGACGUUGACAUGGAGCGACCGGCCGGAGUCGCCGGGACGAUGAAAAGGAACGCACGACCUCUACCGUCCGCACACACACGCAGCUACGUAUGGAAUCCUUUUCAGAAGACAUCAAGGCUUGAUGAUCUGCUUCGCCCCUUCUUCAUAUCGUCUCUUCACCAUCACCAUUGCCUUGUAACUCUGCGCCGCCGCAAUGACGCCCUCCACUACGGAAUCGUCUCAGCCGCCGCCGCCGCCGCCACUUCCGCCUUCAUCUCCGUCCACCUCUUUGCCUGACUCAUUGCCGCCAUCACGAGUUCCGCGCCUCGACGUCUUCCACUCGUCAUCGUCGCACGCAUCAGCUCCAACAACAUCGGCUCGAGCAAACGUUGGCAAUGGCAUCGAUUCGUCUCAGCUUGUCGUCGGCUUCGCUCGCUGGCUGCUGCGCCUCCUCAACGCUGAAGAGGCAUGCUUCCUCUACCUCUGCAGCCAGGGUAGAUCCCUGAUUCUGGCAGCAGGAAGCGCUGAUCUCUCGAAAUGCGACAUUGUCCAACAUGCCUGGACAGAGGAGGCUCCUACCGACUUUCUCGUCGUUGGUCCAGGCGGGAAUGCGCCAUCAGCUGCCGGCAGAGAAUGCGUGGUAGCAUACAGGGACGACACAACCAUCGAGUUGACAGCCCCUCACGCCGCCCUUUUGGCAAGUGGCCUGGUGUGGUCCUUGGCCUCACCUUCAUCAGCGACUGCCACGCCUCGACCAUCCAGCCUCAACUACCCUCUCACAUCAUGGCAUCAAAACGAUGAUGAGCUUCUUCACUCGGCUUUUGAGGACCAAGCAAUGCGAUGCCCCGACCAGACAGCCCUUGACUACCUCGCAGACGAGAAGGGCACACACAUUCGCCUCACAUACGCUGAGCUGGACAAGCGGGCCAACGUCCUUGCUGCGACUCUCUCUGAGCGCAUCCAUGCUCUCGAGCAACACCCAGAAUGGCCGGGAUCAAUACCCCUCCUCCUCGGCCCCUCACCCGCUUUGUACAUAUCACAACUCGCAGCGCUCAAGGCUGGAUUAGCAUUCGCUCCCCUCCCAAUAGACGCCCCAUCUCAACGCCUGACCGCCAUCAUCCAGGAUCAGCAUGCACCAGUCGCCCUGUACUCAUCUGACGCCACAGAUCCGCCCGCUAUCGAAGGAGUUCAAUGGCUCGAUGUCGCAGAUUUGAACCGCCAGCAGACAUCCGACGAGACCAUGUCGCCCGGUGUCAAACCCCUCAAGCCGCUUGCACCCGCCUCUCUCGCCUACCUUCUCUAUACGUCGGGCUCUACCGGCCUUCCAAAGGGAGUCCAAAUCACCCACUCAUCCGCCGUAGCAUCGAUCAGCGCUCACCGACAGCAGGCGGGCAUCGGCAACGCACCUUCCAUGCGCUGGUUUCAAUUCGCCGCCCCCACCUUCGACCCUUCAGUAAUGGAAAUCUUCGUCACCCUCAGCAGCGGUGCGACCCUCUGCACCGCCCUACGCUCUCUUACGCUCAACGAUAUCAACGAGACGGUCGCAGCAACUGAGGCGAAUAUCAUGAUGGCGACGCCCAGCUUGGCCACCUUGCUCCGCCGUGACCGCCUGCCCAAGCUGCGCACCCUUUGGACGAUGGGUGAGGCCCUUAGUUCUACGGUCAUCGACAACUUCGCAAAGGCGCAGCCGCCUGCUAGCCUUUGGAAUGCGUACGGCCCGACAGAAGCGGCCAUCAACGUCACCCUCAUGCAGAUGCUGCCGAGCUAUAGAGGAACGAUCCUCGGUCCGCCCCUACCCUCCGCCUCCCUCUUCGUUGUCGACGCUCAAAUGCGACCUGUACCGCAAGGUCUGGCGGGCGAGCUCAUACUCGGCGGCCCUCAAGUCAGCCAGCUGGGCUAUCUCAAUCGCCCAAAAGAGAAUGCAGCCAGCUUCGUCGAUGUGCCUGAGCUCGGCGGACGCGUCUACCGUACGGGCGAUGCGGCGCGCGUUGUCUGGAACGCAGAAGGGCAGCCAUGGAUCGAGAUUCUUGGGCGCAUCGGACACGGACGAGGUCAAGUGAAAGUGCACGGCCAGAGAUUGGAGCUCGCAGAAGUGGAGUCUGCGCUACAUCUCAGCGAUGAGGACGACGUAGCUACGGUGCAUGUCAUGCAGAUCCAGUCAGGCUCAUUAGCGGCGCUCGUUCAGACUCGCAGUGAGCUUGUUGAGGCACACAAAAGUCGUCUCGAAGAUACACUACGAGAGCAGGCCUCCCGGCGCCUCGCACCCUUUGCCCGACCGAGAGCGUACGUCUUUACCUCGCAGCGCUUCUCAUCCAUCAGCGGCAAACUCGACAGCAAAGCAGCGAAGCACUUCGUCCAGGAAAGCCUUUCUACACAAGCUGGCGGCAAUGGCGAGGACGACAAUGCGGGAAUUGAUCCAACUAUCCGCCGACAGAUCGACACCCUUGUCGAGACGAUGCGCUCGAUCACGGGCUCAGACUCAAUCAGCGCCAAGACGAGCCUAGAGGCUACCGGACUGGACAGUCUUGGUGCGAUGAGGUUGCUCGAGACGCUGAGAGGAUGCGACUCGACCCUCUCACGGCUGACGCUGCGUGACCUCGUCAGCCCUCAGUCGGCCCGUAAAACGAUUGCCCGCUUUGUAGCUGAUGCGCAGCGAGAGUCUAGCGACUCUUCUGCAGCUACACAGCAGAUCGUUGCCUUUGAUGAGCGACACCGUCAACACUGCUGCGCGCAGCUGGGGCUCGAGGACGCUACCAUGGAGUCGGUCAUCCCCGUCACAGCCACUCAAGCCGGUAUGCUUGCCUCUUUCCUUCGUUCCCACUCCUACGUCCACCAUUUCUGCUACCACCUCGACAACGACGUGGACCUCGAUCGCUUCGCGGCUGCAGCGGAAGAGGUCUUCUCAGGCGCCGCCGCCAUGCGUUCUGUCUUUGUCUCCGUAGACGACGAGGUAGCGCCUUUCGCUCAGUGCGUCCUCAAGAGUGUGCGCCAUCCAGUCUCACGCCACGCAAGUGGUGAUGUCGAGAAGCAUCUAUCCAAGGUAGAAGAAGCUCUCAGUCUGGAGUCACCGCCCUUCCACCACGCGCUCUUCCAGCCCGCUGGGACCUCAAAACCUGUCUACGCCAUCUCGCUCUUCCACGGCAUCUUCGACGGUGGCUCCCUCGAGCUACUUCUGAACGACGUACGAGCACGCUAUGCCGGCCGCGAUGUCAUCCUGCGCACGGGACCCACGUACGCGGCCAAGACAUACCUGGAGGCCACAACGGGCACCGAGCUCGAACAAACACGCACGUACUGGUCCGACCUUCUGCAAGGCUUCGAAGCAGAAGUCUUCCCCUGCAUCAACGGCUUGCGUCGCGGUCUGCCUGAGACACAAGGCUCAGCCGUGCUCGAGCACUGCCCCGACGAUAUCGACAUCGCCGCUCUGACCGACGCAGCACAGCGUCUGCUGGGCACAAGAUCGCCACUUGCCCUCGUUCAGCUCGCAUGGUGCCUCGUCCUGUCCGCCUACUCGGAGACUUCCAAGACGGACAUCGUCUUUGGUAGCGUCGUAUCGAAUCGUAUCGACGAAGAAGCACGAUCAUGCGCGGCGCCCACCUUCACGACUCUCCCCGUUCGCAUUGAUGUCGAGGAGUCGCGCGACAUCGUCACGAUCUUCUCGGACCUAGCGAGACAAUCUGUGCGCGCUUUGCCACACUCACAGCCAGCACUCGGCUCAAUCACAGUCGACGGCGGCAAGCUUCCCUACGACACCCUAGUGGCGCUUCAGCUCUUUGAGGAUGAUGCGACGCAAGAGCCUGCACUCUGGCACGACGAGUGGUCUCCAGCUAUGGUCAACGACUUUGCAGUCAUGCUCGAGGUCUGGCCAUCAGUGCAGACGGCGUCAGGCUUGAGACUGCGCGCCACAUACGAGAAGUCACGCCUCGAUGUCUCGUCGUGCAAGGUGAUGCUGCAGCAAUUCGCAGCCUUGCUGUCUGCGAUGACCCAGUCGGACAUGCGGGAGCGAUCUCUCGGCGACUUGCUUACCAGCGUGACGAGCCAGCAAGCCGCUUUGGGCGCCAAAGUCGGCUCAGCUACGUACGAGAGCGACUUCCUCCAUUCGCAGUUCGAGACCUUCGUACAGACCUCUCCCAACCAAGUUGCUCUCGCCUUCUACGGGGAGAAGCAGCUUCAUGAGCUCUCUUACCGCAAGCUCGAUGCCCUUUCUUCCUCCCUCGCUUCGCGCAUCGUCACCGCAAAUGGCGGUCGACCGCUCACGGAUACGGCCGUGCCUCUCUACGCCAACAAGAGCGUCGAGAUGUACAUUGCCGUACUCGCUAUUCUCAAGGCAGGCGGAGCAUGGUGCCCUAUCGAGCCCUCUAUGCCCCGCGAGCGCAAGGCCAAGCUCAUCAAGAGGGCAGGGGGUCAGAUUGUGGUUGUUGCUUCGAAGGCCUGCCUGCACGAGGAGGACAAGUCUGGUGACGAGGCGAAGCAAGAGCUCGAGCGAGUUCUGCAGGAUGCCGGUGUGCCAAACGAGCACGUCGUAGACGCCAGCGCCAUGGAGGAGACUUUGCACUGCGAGCUACCAGCGCGCGCCUCCCCCUCAACUCUAGCCUACGUCAUCUGGACCAGUGGCUCAACCGGCGAGCCCAAGGGUGUGCUGAUCGAGCAUCGCGCCGCGGCCCAAGCUAUGCGCGCUCUCCAAUCUGCCAUUCCACACCAGGACGGCCUGCCUCCACGCACUAUCUGCUUCUCCGCCUUCACCUUUGACGUCUUUGUCGAGGAUAUCUUUUACACUUGGGGCCUCGGAGGAACGGUCGUCAGCGCGCCACGUAACACGCUCAUCGAUCCCGAUGGCUUCGCACAGCUCGCUGCGGACAGCCAAGCCACCCACUCCCACCUUACGCCAGCAUUCGGAGCGUGUAUCGCCAGGGAGCGUUGCCCCUCUUUGCAGACUAUCACCAUGAUCGGUGAGAAGCUCGGCGAGGAGGUGGCAGCACAAUGGGAGGGUGAUGAUUCGCAUGGUACCACAGCCUGGAACACGUAUGGACCUGCAGAGAAUGCUGUUGUCUCGACGUAUCGCUCCUUCCAGCAUGGUCGUACCCAUCAAGCGCCCAACGUUGGCUGGCCCCUCGACGGAACCACCUGCCUCGUCGUGCGUCCAAAUCGCGCUGUCGCCAUGCGUGGCGGUGUUGGAGAGCUCGGCCUCGGUGGCGGACAGGUAGCGCGUGGAUAUCUGGGUGAUCCAGAGAAGACGGCGGACCGAUAUCCCACCCUUCCAGAGCACGGCCGCGUCUACCUGACGGGCGAUGUCGUUCGCAUGCUGGCCGAUGGCAGCCUCGACUUUGUAGGACGCCGCGACGACCUGAUCAAAGUAGGCGGGAUCCGUGUCGAGUUGAGCGAGAUCAGCCACGCUCUUGCGCGAUGCCACGAGAGUGUGAGACAUGUCGAGACGCUUUACCUCAGCCUUGGCGGCGAGGGUGGUGGUAAGGCGAUUGUGUCUUUCCUGCUUGCCGUUGAAGACGCCAAUGGGGACAGGCCAGAAGACCGCGCCGUCAAGGCCGCCGCAAGAGCGCAAGCCCAAAAGGCAUUGCCGGCUUACAUGCAUCCGGCACACUAUGUCGUCGUCGACUCGAUACCACGGUCCACUUCAGCCAAGACAGACACGCGAGCAUUGGCUGCAACUUUCUUACGUCAAAGAGAGCAGCGUACCAACAACGCUGAGGAGGAUCAGGACGGGAGCGAGGCUGGUGACAACGACAGUGUGCCAGAUCCGUCGUCUCCACAAGGCAAGCUAGCGCACAUCGUACUGGAGCUCCUGGACGCAUCCUCCUCGACACGCCUGACCCGCCGUACCUCGUUGCGAUCGCUCGGGCUAGACUCGAUCCGCACCAUCCGCCUCGCAACCAAGCUGCGCGCUGCCAACUUCCCUGCUGUUGCAGCUUUCCAGCUCAUGAAGUGCGAGACGUUUGGCCAGCUGUGCGACGUUGUUGCUCCUCCUAGCGACGCUGGCAACGGACACGCUGGAGGGAUGAGCACGGACGAGCUUCAGGCGCAGGAGCAGGUGCGACAGCGACUCGAAGCUGUGAGGGAGCAGUGGAUGCCCGCUCUCCAGAGCCAUCCUACCGCACCGAUGCUGGUCGAUGUCCUCCCUACAACAGCUCUGCAGGCUGCAUUGCUGACGGAGACGGCCAAGUCCAGCGGGUCUUAUUGGUCGACCAGCAUCUUUGACCUCAAAGAGCACGUCGAUGCAGACGCUCUGCGCAGUGCGUGGGUCAAGGUGACGGAAGAGUUCGAGAUCCUGCGUACUACCUUCAUUGCUACCGCCCAGGGCUACCUGCAGGGUGUCCUGGAGCCAAGUGCAGCUAGCAAGGGCGUCGAAUUGCAGGCUGUCGAGGGGUCAGCUGGCAUCGAUAAGCGAACAGUCACUGUCGCGCAGUCACGCGCCUCUUCUUCGCCUCCUUCGCCAUUCUACUGGGCGCUAACGCUGGUGCAGCACCCUCGACAGCUAGCAGUACACAUGCAUCACGCCCUGUACGACGGUCCUGCCUUCGAUCAGAUGAUCUCGCGUGUCGAGGAGCAUCUCAAGGGAAAUGCCAAGCCUCUCAAAACAGCCGUCUCUCUUCGCGACACCCUCGUACUCCUCGGCCCAUCUGCCAUUUCGUGGCCCAACAAGUCGACAACCCACAACGCCAGCGCCUUCACCGAGCUUUUGAAGCCUCGAGCAGACCGAUGCGGCCCGUGGAUGCUGCCCAACCUCACCGGUGCCAAGGCUGUCAAGCGGCCACAAAUGCAGGCUGCGACCAUCGAUAUCUCAGCUGACGCCACAAAGCUCUCCGAUCUCGCUCGUCAGUACGACUUGCCCUCAUCAGCGGCCAUCGUACAAGCAGCCUUUGGCUGCCUCGUCGCCGACUACCUCGAUCAAGGCGCUGUUCUGAUCGGCGCUACCCUCUCAGAGCGCGGUCGUCAAGCACAGCUCGAAUCGUCCGUCUUUCCCCUCGUAGUCACCGUCCCCUUCCUCAUUGACGGUGGGCGCAUGACAGAGGCUGAGCGCAAGCAGGCCACACCCGACGAGAUUCGAGCGUUUCGCGGCAUGAGCGUAGGCGAGCUGCUCAAGGAGCUCGCAGGUCAGUGGCGCAAGAGCUCGGGGGACGCGCGGUACGUUGCCGCGAGUGAGGUGCGGAAGGCGCUUGAUUGGCCCCGUGACCAGGCUAUCUAUCCUGCACUCUUUGUGGUGCACGACAACGCAGGCGAUGACGAGGCAGCUUGCACGUCGGAACAGCAGAUCCUGAGCCCAGUAAGGGAUCCCGCCAAGCUGGCAGUCGAGCAUGGUUUGGCGCUCAAUGUCUACUCGGAUGCCAAGGGUCACCCCAGUCGCCUCGUCGUCUCUGCGAGCGAGACGUUCUUGCCGCCGGCCCACAUUGAGGUUCUUGCAAAGCAAAUCGAGGCACAAAUUACUUCGCUGCUUGAAGCCAAGGCAGACACACCGCUGAGCCGACUUUCUAACCUCGAGGAGAACAUCAGCAACGUGAGCCCGCUGUACUCAAUCUCUUCUCCGGUCAUCACCGACGAAAAUACGGCUGCAGCGGCCUCGCGUCAUCCUUGUUACUGGCUGCGUCACUGGGCUCAGAAGCACCCUGGUCGGACAGCUGCCAUGGAGAUUGUUGGUGAGGCUGGUGGAGAAGUACGCGAGUGGUCUUUCCGAGACCUCGAUCAGAAGAGCAACGCACUGGCGUGGCAAAUUCGCAGCACAAUCGGCGAGAAACCUUGCGUAGUGGCGCUCUGCAUGGGCCGAACGCUAGAAGCUUUCGCUGCGAUCCUUGCCAUCUUCAAGCUUGGGUGCACUUACCUUCCCAUCGCUGAGGACUUGCCCGUGCAGAGGAAGCAGGACCUCGUCAAGGAUGCUGGAGCCGCUGCCGUGCUCACCACUUUCGAGCUGCAGAAACCGUUCGAGGGUAUGCUCGACCAGAUUAUCGUCCUCGACGAGAUCAAACUCGACGCCUCGAAGAUGCAAGAGCUCGAGCUUCCUCCCGCCCGCUCUUGUGGCUACCUUCUCUACACCUCCGGCUCCACGGGCAAGCCUAAGGGUGUAUCCGUCUCCGGCGCCAAUCUUUCAGGCUACAUUGAAGGCUUUGCCGCCCUCGUGUACCGCAACUCCGUCAAGUCUCACCAUCUCACCGAAGCCGGAGGUGGUCGUUAUCUCACGCUAGCAAGUCGAGCUUUUGACCCUCACCUCUCGCAGAUGUUCCUUCCCUGGCGCAUGGGCUACGCGGUCGUCACGGGCGAGCGCAAUGCCAUCCUUGAGGACCUGACAGAGACCGUUCGCCUCCUUUCGAUCACACACAUGGGCAUCCUGCCAUCCCUUCUCGAGCACUCGGGCAUGACUCCGGAUAAGGCGCCGUCCCUGGUCGGCAUAGCGGUUGGCGGCGAGAAGAUCACGCAAUUCAUCCUUGAUGAGUGGGCCCCAGCCACGCCUGGCCAGACGCCACUCGUCGUCAACGCGUACGGACCGACUGAAGUUACGAUCGGCUGCACCAUGGCCGUCGUGACCAAGCAAGCUACACCAGGUCACAUCGGCUUGCCGGUAGGGGAGACAACAGCCCUCGUUCUCCUCCCCGGUACGCAGACGGUUGCCCGCCGUGGCCAAUCUGGCGAGCUCUGCUUUGCUGGUGAUCUUGUUGCGCACGGAGGUUACCUCGGCCGCGGCCCAGACGAGCAAGGGGGCUUCUCAACUUUUGGAGGCACUCGCAUCUACCGUACCGGUGAUAUGGCUCGCAUGCUCCACGAUGGCAGCAUCUCAUUCCUUGGACGAGCUGACGAGCAGGUCAAGAUCCGUGGACAACGACUAGAGCUAGGAGAGGUCAACGCCACGGUUCGCGUCGCAGCCGCAGAGGUGCGCAAGCAGACCAUCUCGAGCCAAAAGGCCGUGACUGUCUACGCGAAACACCCUUCUUUGGCUUCCUCUCGUCUUUUCACAGUCCUCAGCAUGGAUCGUGCGCAUCAAGUCGCGGACGCCGAGUUCGUCGACUGCGAGCACGACGACGAGGCGCGCUCGCUCGUUGAGGCCGUGACGAAGAUGUGCUCAUCCAAGAUGCCAGCCUUUAUGGUCCCCACUAUCGUCGUGGUACCUGCGCUGCCGCAGCUACCCUCUGGCAAAUUUGACGUCAAGAAGACUAUCGCAGCCUUGCAGCGAGCGCCUGUCGAUCUCCUCCUCCGCACUUCAAAGGCGGCAGGAGGUGGCUCUGCAGGGCAAUCUCGCAAUCUCAAUGCGCUCGAGUCAGCCAUCUUGGCGGCUGUGUGCGAGCUUACCGACUCUAAUGUGGAGGAUGUCACUCGCUGGGCACGCCCAUCAACCAGCAUCUUUGAGCUCGGCGUGGACAGUCUUACAGCCGUCGGGCUCAGCGUGCGCCUACGCGAACAGCCUCUGCAGAUCAGCAUGUCAGUCGCAGAUGUCCUUGCCAACGACACGCUCGAAAGUCUGGCAGCCUACGCAGAGCGCGCGGAGGACGCAGACGGUGGCAACGAUGCGGAGUGGUACGAUACCGAGCGCUUUGACGCUGAAGCUCGACAGGAGCUGAAGGCAGCUGGCGCGCUCGAAGGCACCCAGCCGGAGUGGAUUCGACCAACAAUGCCGCUCCAAGAAUCGCUGGUUACUCUCACCAGAUUGGCGUGCGAACAGAACGGUGAUGGACCUCUUCCCUACAUCCACUGCUUCAGGAUCAAGAGCACGAGAACGAAUGUUGCGGCUCUAUGGCGCGAAUCUAUCAAGCGCGAGCCGAUGCUCAGGACGGUCUUCAAGUCACGAGGCAACGGGCUUGUUCAGGCCGUACUACCCGCUGAUGCUCCUGAGCUCCAGCAGCUCAUCCUUGAAGGUGCUCCCUCCGUUGCUCUGCCCGCCCGAAUGAUCGAUGCAGUUGGUCAAGUACCACCGCUUCGCGUAUUCGCGGACGAGUCUACAGGUUUCGCCUCAGUCUGGUUGCAUCAUGCCAUUUACGACGGCUCAACAUUACCGACCCUCCUUCGCGACGUCUACGAUGAUGUAGCAGCGCCUGUACGGCCCGCCAACAAUCCCUCGGACAACGCGGUGCUCGCUCAAGCGGCUCGAUCUCAGAGCGCCAAGGCACUGCGCUUCUGGCAGCGUCACCUCGAGAAUGUCGCUACACCCCACAGGCCACUGGCCAAAGCAGCCGCCGAAGAGGCUGGCCGACCAGUGGCUCGCAAGCGUUUCACGAUGGGCAUCGACCUCACUUCCCGUCUCCGGGCAGCAGCUCAGUCGAGUCGAAUUGGCACCACCUUGUCGACUUUGACUCAAAGCGCCUUCGCCCUGCUCCUUGCCCGCCUAACACAGUGUCCCGACGUCGUGCUCGGUAAUGUCGUGAGCGGACGCAGCUCGGCGGGCGAGAUGACCAGCAUGCCGCUCGUUGCUACAGUUCCAGUGCGACAUUCAUUUGGCGCUGCAACUUUGGCCGACGCCCUCGUGGCCAGCAAGAAGAGCAACGCAGCCGUGAAGAGAUGGGAACACACCUCGCUGAGGAACAUCCAAAGCGCUGUUGGGCGGGGAGGGCUCUUUGACGUCCUCUUCAGCUACGAUGGUGCCCGUGCGCAGGAGCACAAAUCUAGUUCUUAUGAGGUGCUCGAAGACGAAGGUGAUAGCGCAGGCGGAGUCGACUAUCCGCUCGUCCUCAACGUGACCGACAAAGGGCAAGAGCUUGGCGCUACUCUAGUCUACUCGACGACGGAGAUCGAUGAGGACGUAGCCAACGCUCUGGUCACGCAGCUGCAGCUGCUUCUCUCGACGAUCGCCGAAGGCAGCAAUCCGCAGCUGACCGAGCUGGGCCUCAGCUUUGAUCACACCGCCCUGAGCGCCCAUGCCUCCGGCGCGUCGUCUCUGCAACGUCCUCUAAAUCAUCGCGAAGAGCAAGUGCGCGACGUGCUGCUUCAACUGGUAUCCGACGUCGACCGCAAAGACGUGCAGCCAGGUACGAGCUUCUACCGCAUCGGUCUGGAUUCACUCGUGGCACUCCGUUUCGCGCGGGAGCUCAAAAGGAGUGGCAUUGAGGGACUGGACCGGGUCAGCGCGGCCAAGAUUGUGGCGAGCGGCAACUUAGCCAGGCUCUGUGCAGAGGGUGAGACGCAAGUCGACGACAAGACGACAGCAGUGGGCGAGGAGGAGGUGAAUGGAGAUGAGGCAUCCGCCUCUCGUGACAUCGCCCGCCGUGUAGCUGGGUUCGAGGAUCUCUUCGUCCGCCUCAACUCAGGAGACGAAUGCGAAGCGUCAUACGUGUGCACGCCUUUGCAGGCAGGCAUGCUCACGCUUUCGCGAGACUCGCCCCACUCUGCCUACCAUCAAAUCCAUCGUUUCCGCCUGCGAGGUGAUGUCGAUGUGCAACGACUUUGCAGAGCAUGGGAUCAAGUCGUUGAGCACAAUGACGUGCUUCGCUCGACCUUCCAUCUAGACGAGACGCAUGCAAGAUGGGUCGCGCAAGUCCAUACCAAGGUUGGCAGCGACGCAAGUGGCGACUUCUCUGCGCAGCCACCAGCCUACCUGACUCUAUCAGACGACGACAAGGUCGCUUCCUUCCAUAUCCAUCACGCCCUUUAUGACGGCGCUUCACUGCCUGUCAUCUUCGAUCAAGUUCGCGCAGCUUACCACGGGCAAGAGUUGCCGCCUUACCGGCCCUUCUGGUCCGCGGCUCAGCGCUCCGCCCUCGAUCGAGAACAGGCGACGGCAGCCUGGGCAAAGCUGCUCGAAGGAUACAAGUAUGCGCCCAUUACUGCGCAGAUCAUGGCGCGUCGUCAUCGUUCCACUGCCCGCUUCGCUGCGCCUCCUUCCGCAGCGUAUCGCUCCCUUGGCGUUACCCUGCAUGCAGUUUGCGUCCUCAGCUACGCUCGGGCCCUCUCGCAAAACAUUCUAGGCCUUCGCGACGUCUGCUUUGGUCAUGUUCUCGAUGGGCGCAGCGACGAGACGGACGCGGACGUGAUUGGCCCUCUCUUCAAUACCGUCGCCCGUCGCGUGACGCUUGGCGAUCUUCUGGAGACGAACGCAGAGGGGCUUGUUCGCACGCAGCAGUCGCUCGACAACGGCGCCCAAUGGCAGGCAGCCGCAGACUUGCGCGGCGUCACGGCAGCCUGGCGAGCCAAGCAGGGCGGUGGAAGCAGCAAGUCGAGGGUGUUCGACUGCCUCUUUGUCUAUCACAAGGCGCAGCAGAAGGCGGGGACUUCCGCGGCCGCUGAGCCACUCUGGCACCGUGUUGAUGACGAUGAGGAGGCAGAGGCAGAGGACGAAUACGAUGUCAACGUCAGCAUCACCGAGCACGCCAGUGGGGAGCUCAGCAUCUCGGCAAAUUCGGUGGUCGGCGGUCAAGAAGGUCUCGAUGCGCUUGUUCAAGAGAUCGCGCGUCAAAUAGGUGAGCUUGUCAAUCAGCCACACUCGCCGAUGCCAGCCGCUAUGCGUGUCAUGCCUCUGACUACGGCAGGCGAGUUGGAUGGGGACCGCAGCGAAAGCGACGACGACAAUUCGCCCCUUGACAGCGACGAAGAGGCUCUCUGCGACGCCCUCUCGACAAUGAUGCCGCACCUGUCGGAUCGAUCAAACUGGCGCAAGGCUUCGACGAACGUGCCCGAGCUCGGCAUCGACUCGAUUACGGCCAUCAAGCUUGCGUCAAUGUGCAGAAAGCGCGGCGGUGUCGUGGCCGCGAUCACGGUGCCCAUCAUCCUGCGCGGGCAGACAGUGCGUGCUGUCGUCAAGGCAGCGCGUAGGAGCGUUAAAGCCAAGGGCAAGGCGGCAAAUGGCGCAGCCAACGGAGCUGCUCGACACCAGACUGACGACUCCACGCGCACUGCAGCGGCGGAUAUGCUCAGUGUCUCGCUCGGCGACAUCGAAGACGUCUUCGCGGUUCUGCCAGGUCAAGAGCACCACCUCGACUCGUGGCACGCAACAGGCCGACGCUUCUACGAAGCUCCAUGGGCGCUUCGCAUUCAAGGCGACGUGGAUGGAAGAAAGAUGAUGGCAGCAUGGACUCAGCUGUUGUCUCGCCAUGCGGUUCUCAGAAGUACCUUUGCGCAACUUCCUGGAAGCGAAAAGCCGGUGCAGGUCGUUAUGCGUGCCAGUGAGAAGCAGCAGACACCGUUUGGCUGGUCGAUUCACAAAGCUGAGUCCUCGUUGGAAAUAGAGGCGCAGCGCGUCAUCGAAGAGGGCAACUCCUCAUCCAGCUCCCUCUACGAGAUGCCAGCGCGGUUGGCCCUCGUGCAAGGCUCCGACACCUCGAUUAUUGUCAUGCGCCUACAUCACGCUCAAUACGACGCUUGGAGCAUCGCAAUGAUCCUCGACGAGCUGCAGGCCCUUUACGAAGGGCGCGAGCCCAGCACUGAGCCCUGCGACUUUGCGAACUUGGCGAGAAGUCUUAUGUUGGAGCAAGACAAGGCUACACUCGCAAAGGAAUGGUGGAAGCGGUACCUCGGUGACGCCGAGCCGACUUGCCUGUCUCAGCAAGAGAAAGAGAAGGCCACCGCACAAGGUCCAGUCGUUCUUGUCCGCUCACCAGGCCUCGUCACCGGGCUGGCCUCCCUCGAGGAGCAAGCCUCACGCGUUGCACCAGGGGUCAACCUCUCUCACGUCGUGAUCCUCGCUCUGGCGCGAGUGCUCGUUCAGCGGUCUAACGCAACUCGUCGGCCAACUCUGGGCUUCUACACGGCUGGCAGAGCAGCUGUCGCCGAGACGGACCCUGAGGCUGCGGCGGCCGCUGUGCCCCUGCUCAACGUGUUGCCCCUUGCGGUCAGCGUAGGCAAGAACGAGGCGCGCAAACAGCUUGAGGCGGUGCGCGAUGAUCUGCUGGAACGAGUGCAAUGGGAGCAGAGCCGGCUGCGCGAUGUUGUCGGAGGCAACGACAAGAUGUUCGACGUCUUCCUCAACCUCCUCUGGCAUCGCGGAGGUCAGCAAGAGGAUGCUCCGCUGGCCACGACGGGCGAAGAGCCGGUGCGCUCCGCAAAGUGGGAGCGCUGGACGCAUCCGUCCUCAUCCGCCUACUUUACCUCGACGCAGACGCACGACGUCAACGAGACGACGCUACGUGAUCUCUCGACGGAAUACCUGCCGCGCCACAAGUGCUACAUUGAUGUGAGGAGGGACGUGAGCGGGGACUGCUUGUCAUUUGGUCUCAAAGCCGAUGUAGGGAUGCUGGCGCAAGAGGAGGAAGCGACGAGGCAAGCGCUCCAGGCGUUGGCCGAACAAGUGGCGAAGGAGGUGGGCAUGUUGAUGGAACAGUGUCGGUGAGCAGCCGGCGCUCUAGACAGAAGCGAUUUGAAAUGGUCCGGUAAUAUGAUCUCGUUUCGACUCUAUAACCCUCGCGCCUAGUCCGCUCUCCUUUCUCUACGGUCCUUUCCAAUGACAGGCCUCGUCGGCGGCGCCUCAGCUUGCGGUUCAGCUUCAGCCGCUGUAGCCUCGACGUCCUUUUCCAUCCC